UCUCCGUGCGCAUGCUCGCAGCUGUAGCAUUAAUAGUGUAACUGUAGUAUGUAUGUGCUUCUUAAAGGUUUGUUGUCAUCUGGCUCUAUCGGUUUGUGUGUAUUGCGGGUACCGUUUACUUUAGUGUAGGUUGGAGCAGAUCCGUGACCGUCCAUGUGUAACAGAGAGAAGUUGUAGCUAACAUACAAGUAUCGGCGUGUCGCUGAAGGAGACGGACUAUGUCGGCAAAUAAAACAAAGAAAGUCAAAAUGGCUACUAAAUCUUGUCCUGAAUGCGACCAACAGAUUCCAGUUGCAUGCAAGUCUUGCCCAUGUGGUUAUGUGUUUAUUAGCAGAAAACUCCUGAAUGCCAAGUUAAACGAGCGCUCUCCAGCCAUAGCAGACAAGCUGGACUUUAAGCGGAGGAGGACGGAGCGCAUUCGUAGAGAGAGGAUUGACUCUCCUUUAACCAGUGACAUGGAGAACAGGAGAAGGUCCCGGGCCAACAGUCAGUCAGAUCCCAUCCGGAGGGGGAGGGGCAGACCAAAGUCAGUGGGGCUGAAGAAACAGGAAGAGGAGAAAGAGAAACAAGAGAAGGAAGUGGAUAUUUAUGCCAGUCUUUCCGAUGAGAAGGCUUUUGUGUUUUCUGUGGCUUUGGCCGAGAUCAACCGCAAGAUCCUGGGUCAGAAACUAAUCUUAUAGACUAAAGCCUGAGUAAGUGAGAAACCCAGCACAGAGGACCUAUCAUAUGAAACUAUCAAAGAGGACGACCAAAGAGAGCAGAAUUGGCUGGACCUGAACUUUGACCUGGAUGUGUUUCACCUGGAUGAUGAUGAAGACAGUGAAUUUUCUUAAAGGGAUUAAAACCAUAUUGUCAUCAGUUACGGCUAUGUACAGCACACAUUGUGUAUUUAGUAGAUACAUUUAUAGAUGAUGUCAGAUUGGCUUAUUUAAGAUGAAAAGCUCAACUCGAGGCGAUGUCCAGCUUUCCCAGAAUUCAGGUGAAUAUUUUUGAGAUUGUGAGGUACUGCUGAUUCAUGUUCUGUUUGAUAAUAUCGUAUCUUUACAUUAUCUGACAAUAUUACAAUAUAUAUAUAUAUAUAUAUUAUAUAUAUAUAUAUAUAUACAUACACACACCCUAAAUAAGACUAACCCUAACCAUGACUGGGGUCAAAUGUCCUUUUUUAAAAUCAUAAUUUGUGAUCAGAAGGUUCUGUUAUUGAACAGUUAUUUCAGAUUCUGUGGACUCAAAAAAGUCGUCAUCAACCAAACUUUUAACAGAAUGAACCUUCAUAGUUCAAACAAAGACUAACAAUUGAAUAUUUUACCAUUAAACAGAGUAUUUAUAUAUAUAUGGAAUCAAAACAUUUGAGCCAAUGAGCUUUUAGUGCAGGAAAAAAACAGCAUGAUUUCUAACUGUCAGGCUUUGUGUGGUUAAAACUGCUGAUCUACUAUAAUUCUGUGCAAGCUUGGCUCAUCUCAAUCAAAGCUAUUAAUCAUGUUUAUUGAAAGGGAUUGCUGGGGAGAGAUCACCGGUGCUUCUUGUAAAUCUGACAUAGUUUCAGAGAAUUCUGUUGCACAAAGCGGUUUUAAAUAAACCUGAGCUAAAUUACAGUGACAGUUGAGUCUGGUGAGUUUCCGGGUUUAGUUUCAACUAAUGGGAUGGAUUUUGAUCCACAUACUGUCCGGUUCUGUGGGUUAAAGCAAAGCAGCGGACAUGGGGAACUGUGAUGCGAUAGAGGAAGAACAGCCCCACCCUCAUUUAAAGCAACCUCUGGAUGUGUUUUGGAUUUUAAAAUCCCAGCUAAGACAGAGCUGGACAUGACUCAUAAAAUAAUGGACAAAGAUAUGUUUUGGGAUCACUAGAGUCCUCAUGAGGACUCGUCCAGUGUUACCCAGACAGGAGAAGAAGUGGAACACAGAUGCCCAGUACCGGCGAACAGGCCAGCCAACAAAUGCACUACACCAAUUUAUGGACCGUCCAGUCAUCUCCAUAGGGUUUUUAAAUAUGUAAUUUUAAAAGAGCUGUGACCAGGUAUACCACACCACGUAGUCAGCAAAAUGGAAGAAUCAAAGACAUAACUGCAUGUCCCACAUUUUCAUCAACUUAUUCCCAAAACAGAAACUUCUCAGUGGUGUUAAGCCUCUGCAGCAGGAAACAUUUUCACAUUUAGUCCCUGAAUGUAUCACAGGUCAUUAUUUAGUUUUUUUCAUGAUUUUUAUUUUAUUUGUAACAUGUAAGCCGCAAUUGUAACUUUUUUUGUUGAACACUUAAAGUACUAUGGUCAAUAUACACUAAUUUGGAGAUACUAUGGUCAAUAAAGUUUUCUUCAAAAUAAAAAAUGGAGGUGUUGGCGUAAUUUGGAUUUUGACUGCUUCAUUGAAAGUGAAGUACUGUAGAGCAGAGUGUCCAUCAUAAGCCUGGACACCUGAGAGGAGGCUGCAGCAGGUUGGUGGCUAGAGCUACUACCACUUCAAAGGUUAAAAAGUUGAGUUUUUGUUUAUAUUUACAUCAAAUUCAUUUUUAUGAAAUGCUACUUUUGAUGCAACACUACGAGAAGACCACAAUGAGUUGGUUAGAUUUCACAUUAAGUGCCUGGAGCAGUUCCUCACCAUUACACCAGUGAGAGACAGCUAAUGGUUGCAUCACUCUGUUUGGUGUGGUGAGUCACAGGGAAUAUACUGAAGGAGACUGUUGUCUGACAUUUACAUAAUAAGGGUCGUCGUCACUAUGUACAGAAUGUCUCCUAUGUGAUAAUGUACUUCUUUUUUUUUUUACUUUAUCACCAUGGAUUUAGUAAUUCAUAACUAUUAUAGCAUUGUAACAUUAAAUGCAUAGAAACUAUAA